GGGCCCUUCUUAUUAGUGUCAACUGUCAGAGAAAAAAAAAUUAAAAACGCCUACUAUUUACCUACAUUGCAGAUUCCUGUGAUAAUAAUAACAAUAAUAAUCUUUUGCGAAUUUUUUCAAAUUAUUUCUAGUUUAAAUUUUUACAAAUCGUUACUACUAGUAAUAUAAAUUAGUCGCGGCAACGUUGUAAAUCGGUCGCGGCGGCUCGAUCGGUAACCGACGGGCGUGUCCAAAAAGGACGGUUUUUCUGUUCUUUCGAUUCUCGUCGUUUAUUUUUUGACAUUUCGCAGGCCGCGGUCGACCAAACACACGAGACGAGCGCGACGAGAGAGCGAACCCCAAAAAUUAAAAGCCCCAAAACCGGUCCGCGAUUACAAAAACCGUUUUAAUUAUUUGAAAAAUAAACGCGAUAAUAGUUAAGUGCGUCCAAUGAAUACUUACCCACUGAGGUGACGUACAAACAAACAAAAUAAACCAGACAAAAGACCUAAAAAUUUAAGUUUAAAGUCGGGUGGUUAUUCUCGAACCAUGGCCGACACGGAAACCAAGGAUCGUUACGAUCCCGAACUAAAAUAUUUGUGUGUGGACAGGAACAAUUACAACGAUCCGGCGACUCAGGCCGAAUGGACUCAGAAAAGGCUGGUGUGGGUGCCACACGAGAAUCAGGGCUUCGUCGCCGCCUCGAUCAAGGGCGAAAAAGGGGACGAGGUCGAGGUCGAGCUGCAAGAAACUGGAAAACGGACCACUGUGGCUCGGGACGAUAUCCAGAAAAUGAAUCCGCCCAAGUUCGAUAAGGUCGAGGAUAUGGCCGAGUUGACUUGUCUCAACGAGGCCUGUGUCCUGCACAAUUUAAAGGACCGAUACUAUUCCGGACUUAUUUAUACAUACUCUGGACUGUUUUGUGUGGUAGUAAACCCUUACAAAAAGCUGCCGAUUUACACCGAAAAAAUAAUGGAACGUUACAAAGGCAUAAAAAGACACGAAGUGCCACCCCAUGUUUUUGCCAUUACCGACACUGCUUACCGAUCAAUGUUACAAGAACGUGAAGACCAAUCGAUUCUUUGUACUGGUGAAUCGGGUGCAGGAAAAACUGAAAACACGAAAAAAGUCAUUCAGUAUUUGGCUUAUGUCGCAGCCUCAAAAUCACCAAAAGGAGCUGGAGCGCAAAAAGAUCUUAUCGGAGGUUUAGAACAGCAGCUAUUGCAAGCCAACCCCAUCCUAGAAGCCUUCGGUAAUGCAAAAACCAUCAAAAACGACAAUUCGUCAAGAUUUGGUAAAUUUAUUCGUAUCAAUUUCGACGCUUCCGGAUACAUCGCUGGUGCCAACAUAGAAACUUACCUCUUGGAGAAAUCACGUGCCAUACGUCAAGCCAAACUGGAGCGUACUUUUCACAUAUUUUAUCAGCUUCUAGCUGGCGCUUCGGAUUCACAAAAAAAGGAAUUCAUUCUCGAAGACCCCCGUUCCUACAACUUCCUCCGCGACGACAACCACAUAGUGCCCGGCGUAGAUGACGCCUUAGAGUUUCAAGCCACUGUAAAAAGCAUGAACAUUAUGGGCAUGACCAACGAGGAUUUCAGUGCCAUUUUCCGUGUAGUCUCCGCUGUCAUGCUGUUUGGCAAAAUGCAAUUCAAACAGGACCGUAACUCAGACCAAGCCACCCUACCUGAUAACACUGUAGCCCAGAAAAUUGCUCAUUUAUUAGGAUUGUCGGUUACUGAUAUGACGAGGGCUUUUUUGAAGCCUCGCAUUAAAGUUGGUAGAGAUUUUGUGACUAAAAGUCAAACUAAGGAGCAAGUUGAAUUUGCAGUUGAAGCUGUUUCUAAGGCUUGUUAUGAGAGGAUGUUUAAGUGGUUGGUUAAUAGGAUUAAUAGGUCUUUAGGCAGGACUAAGAGGCAAGGGGCUAGCUUCAUUGGUAUUCUUGAUAUAGCUGGUUUUGAAAUAUUUGAUUUGAAUUCUUUUGAGCAACUAUGUAUUAAUUAUACUAAUGAAAAGUUGCAGCAACUCUUUAACCAUACAAUGUUUAUUUUGGAACAAGAAGAAUACCAACGUGAGGGGAUUGAAUGGAAAUUUAUUGAUUUUGGCUUGGAUUUGCAACCUACAAUUGAUUUAAUUGAUAAACCUAUGGGUAUUAUGGCCUUAUUAGAUGAAGAAUGUCUUUUUCCCAAAGCAACAGAUAAAACUUUUGUGGAAAAACUAGUAACAGCUCACUCAGUGCAUCCUAAAUUCAAAAAAAGCGAUUUUCGUGGAAUUGCUGAUUUUUCAAUAAUCCAUUACGCUGGCAAAGUGGAUUAUUGCGGCAACCAAUGGCUAAUGAAAAAUAUGGAUCCGCAAAACGAAAACGUAGUUUCUUUGUUGCAAGCCUCUCAAGACCCAUUUGUGGUUCAUAUUUGGAAAGAUGCUGAAACUAUUGGUAGAGCUAAGGGUAUGUUUAGAACAGUUUCCUAUUUAUACAAAGAGCAACUAGGCAAUUUGAUGGUUACUUUGAGGAAUACUAAUCCUAAUUUUGUGCGUUGUAUAAUUCCGAAUCAUGAAAAACGAGCUGGCAAAAUUGAUGCUCCUUUAGUUUUGGAUCAGUUGAGGUGCAAUGGGGUUUUGGAAGGUAUUCGUAUUUGCAGGCAAGGUUUUCCUAAUAGAAUACCGUUCCAAGAGUUUAGGCAACGGUAUGAGUUAUUGACACCCAAUGUAAUUAAUAAAGGCUUUAUGGAUGGCAAAAAGGCAUGUGAAACUAUGAUUAAAAGCCUAGAUUUGGAUUCUAAUUUGUUCCGUAUAGGGCAAAGCAAGAUAUUUUUCCGCGCUGGUGUGUUGGCACAUUUAGAAGAGGAACGUGACUACAAAAUAACUGAUUUGAUUGUCAAUUUCCAAGCAUUUUGCAGGGGAUUUUUGUCCAGACGUAAUUAUCAAAAACGUGUCCAGCAAUUGAAUGCCAUACGUAUUAUUCAACGCAAUUGCUCUGCGUAUUUGAAGCUGAGAAACUGGCAAUGGUGGCGUUUAUAUACCAAAGUGAAACCGCUUUUGGAAGUUACUAAGCAAGAGGAAAAGUUAAUGCAAAAGGAAGAUGAGCUAAAACAAGUCAAAGACAAGUUGGAGCAUCAUGUUAAAGCAGUGCAAGAAUUUGAAUCAAAAUAUCAAAAAGCCCAAGAGGAAAAGGCGGUGCUUCAAGAACAACUACAAGCUGAAGUGGAAUUGUGCGCAGAAGCUGAAGAAAUGCGUGCUAGAUUGACUGCGCGCAAACAAGAACUUGAAGACAUUUUACAUGAUCUUGAAGCCAGAAUUGAAGAAGAAGAAGAACGUGCUAGUACUUUGACUGUUGAAAAAAAGAAACUUCAAACAACUAUUUCAGAUUUGGAGGAGCAAUUAGAAGAAGAGGAAGGGGCCAGGCAAAAACUUCAACUAGAAAAAGUCCAAUGUGAUGCUAAAAUAAAAAAACUAGAAGAAGAUUUAGCAUUGUCUGAUGAUACUAAUCAAAAAUUGUUAAAGGAAAAGAAGAUUUUGGAGGAACGUAGUAAUGAUUUGAGUCAGGCUUUAGCAGAAGAGGAAGAGAAGGCUAAACAUUUGUCUAAAUUGAAGACGAAACAUGAAGCUACAAUAGCAGAACUUGAAGAACGUUUAUUGAAAGAUCAUCAGCAAAGACAAGAAUCUGAUAGAACUAAACGUAAAGUGGAAACUGAAGUAAAUGAUUUGAAAGAGCAGGUGCAAGAGCGCCGCACCCAAAUCGAAGAACUGCAACUUCAGUUGGGCAAACGCGAAGAAGAACUGGCCCAAGCCAUGGUAAAAGUUGACGAAGAAGCUGCGCAAAAAGCCCAAUCGCAAAAAGCCCUACGAGAACUAGAAAGCCAGUUAACUGAGCUGCAAGAAGACUUGGAAGCUGAAAAAGCUGCCAGAACUAAAGCUGAAAAAAUGAAGCGUGACUUAAACGAAGAAUUAGAAGCCCUUAAAAAUGAGCUACUAGAUUCUUUGGAUACUACAGCUGCCCAACAAGAGCUACGUUCUAAGAGAGAACAAGAACUUGCUACUUUAAAGAAAAGCUUGGAAGAUGAAACAGCUUUACAUGAAGCCACCCAAGCUGAAAUGAGACACAAACACUCACAAGAAUUGGGCUCCAUUAAUGAACAAAUGGAAAACAUUAAAAAGUUAAAAGUAGGCCUGGAAAAGGCCAAACAAGCUUUGGAAGCUGAAAAUGCUGACCUAACUAGUGAGUUGAGAAACGUAGGUGCAAGCAGACAAGAAGGCGAAAGACGCCGCAAACAAGCCGAAAGCCAAUUGGCUGAAAUAACUGCUAAACUAGCUGAAGUUGAGCGUUCAAGAAUCGAGCUACAAGAAAAAACUGUAAAACUGCAACAAGAAGUUGAAAACGUUGUAUCACAACUGGAACAAUCCGAGCUAAAAGCUUCAGCUGCAAUGAAAAACCAAGCUACAAUAGAAUCGCAAUUUUCCGAAGCCCAAGCUGCUUUGGAAGAAGAAACAAGACAAAAACUAGCCUUAAGCUCCAAGCUUAGACAAUUAGAAUCAGACAAGGAGGCCUUGCAAGAGCAACUAGAAGAAGAAGAAGAAGCUAAAAAUAAUAUGGUCAAACACCUAGCAGGCCUAAUGCUGCAACUAGCCGAAAGCAAAAAGAAAGCAGAAGACGAAGCCGAACAAGCGGCCAUUUUAGAAGAAAGCAAAAAAAAACUAGCAAAAGACUUAGAGCUUCUACAAAGACAAGUAGAAGAGCUUACUGCAGCCAAUGACAAACUAGAAAGAAGCAAAAAGAAAAUCGCAGCUGAACUAGAAGAUGCCAACAUUGACUUGGAAACGCAACGUCAAAAGGUGGCCGAAUUGGAAAAAAAACAAAAAAAUUUCGAUAAAGUCUUAGCCGAAGAAAAAGCUGUAAGUGAACAAUUGACUCUAGAAAAAGAAGCCGUCGAAAAAGAAGCUAGAGACAAGGAAACCUUAGUCUUAUCUCUUAAGCGUGAAUUAGAUGAUUCAAAUGUAAAAAUUGACGAGCUAGAAAGAGUAAGGCGACAAUUACAAGGUGAACUAGACGAAUUGGUCAACAAUCAAGGCACUGCCGAUAAAAACGUGCACGAACUAGAAAAAGCCAAACGCUCUUUGGAAUCUCAACUAGCCGAAUUAAAGGCUCAAAACGAAGAACUAGAAGACGAACUUCAAUUAACCGAAGACGCAAAAUUACGUUUAGAAGUAAACAUGCAAGCCUUAAGAGCCCAAUUUGAACGCGACAUUCAAGCUAAAGAAGAACAAGCAGAAGAAAAACGCAGAGGAAUUGUCAAGCAAUUGAGAGAUUUAGAAGCAGAACUCGAUGAGGAAAGAAAACAACGAGCUGCUGCAGUAAGUGCUAGAAAAAAACUAGAAGGUGACAUUAAAGAAUUAGAAAGUCAAAUAGAGCUUCAAUGUAAAGUAAAAGAAGAUGCUUUGAAGCAACUGAAAAAAUCCCAACAGCAAUGCAAAGAAGCAAUCCGAGACGCUGAAGAAGCUCGUGCAGCUAGAGACGAACUAGCUGCCACUAGCAAAGAAGCCGAACGCAAAGUAAAAACCUUAGAAGCUGAAGUUUUACAAAUGACAGAAGACUUGUCUAGUUCCGAACGCACUAGGCGUGCAGCUGAAGCAGAACGCGACGAACUUCAAGAAGAAAUCAACUCGAGCAACAACAAAGGGUCUUUAUUAAUAGACGAAAAACGUCGUCUUGAAGCCAGAAUCGCCACUCUAGAAGAGGAACUAGAAGAAGAGCAAAGCACCAAUGAAAUGCUCCAAGACCGUGCUAGAAAAGCCCAGCUAAGCAUCGACCAACUCACAACUGAUUUAUCUAGUGAACGUUCGGCCAGUCAAAAGUUGGAAUCGAAUCGGUUGCUGUUAGAAAGACAAAACAAGGAAUUAAAAGCGAAAUUGAGUGAGUUGGAAGUGGCGCAAAGGACUAAGACUAAGGCCACAAUAGCGGCGUUGGAAAGUAAAAUUGCCAAUUUGGAAGAACAAUUGGAGGUUGAAGCUAAAGAACGUCUGGCGCAGCAAAAGGGCAACAGGAAAUUGGAUAAGAGGAUUAAGGAAUUGGUGAUGCAGCUCGAAGACGAACGUAGGCAUGCCGAUCAGUAUAAGGAACAGGUCGAAAAAGGUAACACAAGAGUCAAAGCCCUAAAACGCCAACUAGACGAAGCCGAAGAAGAAGUGACAAGAGAAAAGGCCCAGAAACGCAAGGCGCAACGAGAAUGCGAAGACAUGAUCGAAUCGCACGAAAGUAUGACGCGGGAAAUAAACAAUUUGAAAAGCAAAUUGAGGAGAGGAGCCGGUAUGGGUUUGUCCUCGUCUCGUCUCAGUUCCACCAAGCGGGGUUCCAUACAAACCAGCGGAAACGGUUCCGGAGACGAUUCGACCACUCAAGACGAAGCCAUGGACGGUGACGAGGGACCCAACUAAAAAGCAUUUACCUAACGCUUAAAAUAAUUAACAAUUAAUAAGCUUCAAUCAUUUUUGUGUAUAUAUAUUAUUUUACGUUGUCUAGUACUUAGCCAAGUGUUUUACAAUAAUUUUUUAUACUUAUUGUAAAACACAUUAAAACAUCUUAUUUUUUAAUUAUUAUUAAUUAUUAUUAUUAUUAUUAUUGGCGCUUUUAUUUAUAUUUGUAUUAUUUUAUAUAUUUCAACAAGUAUUCUAUUUUAUUGUUACAAUUUUUCAAUUAUUUCAUUGAGGUCUAAAUUAUAUCAAAUACAUAAUACUUACACUAACAAUAAUUAAAUUUAGGCAUUUUUGAUACACAUUUUUGUAGAGAUAAUCUAUAUACAUACAUAUAUAUUUUUCUUUUUUUUUUUUUGUAAAAAUUAAGGCCAUCGAGUUUUUGUAUUAUAAAACGUGAACUUAUUGCAUUUUUGUAUAUAAACUUUAUACUUAUUAUGGGAUCAGGGGGCUCACUUAUUAUACAAUAAUAAUUCAUUAACGAGUUCAAUUAAAAUAAAAAAACUUGUACGAA